GUUGCCAACAUCUGGAGAGCCGAAGAAGUGUGUGCAAUGUUUGGAGUUGAAGUGCUGCGAGCGAGAGAGGGAACAGUCUCAGCCUCACUUCAGUUCAUGCGAGUGAGUCGAGCAGUGAGGAUCGCUGAGCGCGAUCGCUUGUCACGUAUCGAUCAGUGCGAUUUACUUCGAUUUGGAGAAUAUGUGCUCAAGUGCAACUUUUACAGUGACGUGAUCGUGAGUUGAGAAAGGAGAGCGAAAAAAGGGGGAAGGAAUUUGUGGCAUUAGUGAUCGCGACGCGCUUUUGUGUGUAAAUAUUUACAAAAUUGCAGUGUGUGAAUAAUAAUUUUUGCGAGAGAAACAUUGACUGGAUUAUGGAGAAUGAUCAGUCAGAAUGGAACGGAUCUACAGGGCAUGCCAAUUUGUGCUGAUCUCUCUCCUCAUUUCUCGCCACAUUCGUGCAACAGCGGCCAAUUUGACGCUCGCCUAUCAAGCAGGUUGCGAAGACCAGCCGCAGUGCCUCAAGUGUGGUCCCACGGGCUGCAUGAAGUGCCCAAAGUACAUCGCCAUCGACAGCCGCACUUGCGUCUCUGAGUGCCCGCGCGGCUACGCUCCACAGUGGUCCACAGCGGCGGACUUCAUGGGGCAGAUCUGCAGACCCACGGGCUUCGCCAGUCCCGUGCUAGAAGCCACUGUGGGCAUCCUGGUGGGAUGCCUACUCUGCGCCGGCAUCAUUGCCACGACGCUCUACAUAAUCCGCAGGAAGAGGCGCCGAAAAUGCCUGCAAGAGGCUCUGAUAGACGACACCAUCGAGAGAGCGGAGUUCCUGAAGCAGUUGGAUGAGCUUCGACCCAAUGCUGAGUACUUCCUGGCCAUGCUGAAUGACACGAGGCGCCAGAUCAGGAAGCUCCACCUCGCUGGCGACACCACAGGAGCCACGGCGUACUGCCAGAUCGUUAGGGAUCUGGCCAAGAUCCUGCUGCUGAUCAACAAGCCGGCAGACGUGCUCAACGGACCGCCGCAUGACUGGAGUCGACUGUCGUCCUGGGCAGUCCGUGUGCUGGAGAGGUACAAACCGCAAAUUGCCCAGCUGAUCGACUUCCUGCAGAGUCCAGCCGCCGACCCGCGACUCGCCGCGUGCCAGCAUCACACAUUUAAAUCCACCACAACCACUUCCACCACCGCCAGUGAGUCGCCCAAUCUGCAGAUGCAGCACUUCGGCUCGCUGAUCAGCCUCCAUGACCUGGACGAUGCCCAGGCGGCGGAUCCCUUCGGGAGCAAUUUCAGCAGUCUCAAGCGCAGCUCAGACAUCGCCGGCAGCACGCUCUGGCUGGAGGAUGAGUUCUUCAAGCUGGGCUUGCGGCCGCAGGACGAGAUCACGACUGAACUGUGAGGCGACCAAAAAGUGCAACUCUUCUUUGUACACCAACAAAGCGUGAAGCCACAUUCACACAAGCUGCUAGUCAAUAAUCCAUGUAUUAUUAAUUUGUACACUGUCAUCCAGUAGAUGUACUGAAUAAUGAUAAUUUUCCACUAUGAUACCCCGAGUGAACAAUGCGGAAGUGUCCUGGCAGAGCACAUAUCGAUUUCCCGUGCAAAUAUCCGCCAAACAUCUGGCGAGUGAAAAAUUCACACCACAUCGACUCUAUUGUAUACAGCCAUCGAUUUAUGCUGCCCCCCAUACCCCAAAGCACGAAUUCCUGGGCGUGCAGGAGGGCGCUUCUGCCCAGGAGACUAGGAAUUUACGAGGAGUAC